UGUCCUGUGUUAAUGGGUUGCAGUAGUUACCUGAGCACAGGCGCUUCUGGACUGUGUCACCUCAGUCUCUGAUCACACAGGCUUAAAUGAUAUUGCUGGAGCUCUCGUUUGAAAAUGAGGAGCCGUGGUGUGAUUAAAGGACUGGGUUACCUCGGCACUGUUGCACUCCUGCUGUACAUGGUGUCGUAUGUCAUUUUCUCCAGACAUCAGCAGAGCUCCACAGACAGCAGCAGAGUACAGAGGGCAGCCGAUGAAAGUAUUUUAAAGAAGCUGGAGGGAAUCGAGCAAAGGGUGAGAGAAAUAGUGGAGUCUUUGGAGCAGAAUCAGAAAAGACAACAGAGUGGAGCAGAAGAGAAGCCGAAGCAACCGGAGCCAAAGAAGAAGGUGGCUCAUAAAAAGUUGUUCCCCAACUCAUAUCUCUUCUCCAAGUGGGGUGAUGAUCUGUCAGAGGAGGAGCAGAAGGAGGCAGAGCAGCUCUUUGUAAAUUUUGGCUACAAUGUGUUCCUCAGUGACAGACUGCCCCUCAACAGGAGCCUGCCGGACACUCGAGACCCCAAAUGUGCUACUAAGGUUUAUCCAAAGGAGCUCCCAACAAUCAGUGUGGUUCUGAUCUACCUGGAUGAGGCUCUGUCCAUCAUACAGAGAGCCAUACGCAGCAUCAUCGACAGAACACCUCCUCACCUCCUCAAGGAAAUCGUACUGGUGGACGACCACAGCACUAAUGAGGACCUCAAGGGGAAGCUGGAUGAAUAUAUUUUCUCAAUUCAUCAAGAGAGGCCUGAUUUAAUUAAGAGAGUGAGACACCAAGAGCGACUUGGCUUAGCACACACACGCAUUUCAGGAUGGGAGGCAGCUGUUGGUGAUGUUGUGGCCAUUUUGGAUGCCCACAUUGAGGUGCAUAAGCAAUGGGCAGAGCCACUGCUGGCUAGAAUCAAAGCCGACAGGACGGUUGUGGUGUCUCCCGUGUUUGACAGAGUGAAUUACGACACCCUUGACGUGGUUACAUACGAAGCAGCCGCCCAUGCUUUUGACUGGCAGCUCUGGUGCAUGUAUGAGUCCUUCAGGCCAGAGUGGUACAAACUUGACGACAAGUCAGAGCCAGGAAAGAGUCCAUCUGUCAUGGGGAUCCUUGUGGCCGACCGGUUAUUCUUGGGAGAGAUCGGAGUGCUGGACAAAGGAAUGCAGGUGUACGGAGGCGAGAACGUAGAGCUUGGAAUACGAGUUUGGACCUGUGGAGGAAGCAUUGAAGUGGUGCCGUGCUCCAAGAUCGCCCACAUUGAGAGGUCACAUAAGCCAUAUGCACGAGACCUGAGCGUGCCAUUGAAAAGAAAUGCGCUAAGGGUGGCUGAAGUCUGGAUGGAUGAGUUUAAAACUAACGUUCUUGUUAGCUGGAAUCUGCCCUUAGAGAAUCAUGGAAUUGAUAUAGGGGACGUGACAGAGAGGAAGAAGCUGAGAGAGAAAUUAAAAUGUAAGCCCUUCAAGUGGUACAUGGACAAUGUGUAUCCUCAGCUUGACACCUGGGAGGACCUAGUCGCCUAUGGUGUUAUGCAGAAUGACCUAUCAGGCCAAUUCUGUAUUGAUCAGGGACCCGUUCCAGGGAGUGUACCUAUUCUGUACCAGUGCCAUUUCUAUGGCCCUCAGAUCUGUUACUACAGGCUGAGUGGAGAGAUUUACAUUGGAGGCAUCAAAUCUCAUAAGUACAAUAGCAAUCGUUGCCUGGUGGAUCCUGGUGAGGGACAUGUACCUGGACUGCAUGACUGUAAAUUAGCCAAGGAGAAAGGGUUCCACAUGUACUGGAACUUUAAACAGGGUCAGGCAGUAAGGAACAGACACACAAAUAGAUGUCUUGAGAUUGCCCAAGGACGAGAUUCAUAUUACCAGCUUGUCAUUCAGACAUGCAGUGGGCAACACUGGAGGAUACAACACCUCAUAAAAGACUUUUAACCAGCUUGCAAUGGCCUCAUCUUGUUCAAAGAUCAACGCAAUGUCUGCUACGGUUUUGACUUGCCAAUGACAUCCAAAUAAAGAUGCCA